CAGACGCAUUUCCGUCCUGCCCACCCCCGCAGCUGAGUGGUUCAGGCCAUAAAUAGGACCGUGGCCGUCGGACGACAGAAGCUGAGUGACUUCCAACAGUGAGGAGAGAGUUGUUUUUUCAACAUUUUCCAGCGAUAUUUUCCUCAAGAAAAAGAAAGUUUUCCUCAGAUUUCUUUGUCUAGACAGUAUCUUCCCUUGUUAGUGAAGUUUUGAGGUCCUGUGAGCCGGUAAACCGCAGUGUUUCAAGCGAGUGAGUCAAUUUAUCGACGGCGGAGUCACGCGUUCUUCGGCGGGCCUUCAGCAUCACACAUCCCGCGCCGCGCUUCAACUGGGAAUCCCGCCAGCGGCUAGAUCUAGCGAAGCCGCCCGUCAAAAUGAGAACAACCGCCGUGGCAAUCCUCGUCUUCCUCAGCACCCUGUCUCACAUAACAGGGUCUGCUGGAAGUGGCAGCCCAGCUGACGUGGAGAUCAACCUGAUCAGGGGAGCACAGCUGGAGGAGCAGGCCAAGCAGAAAGGGUCAGGGGUCAAGCUCAUGCUCAAGGGUCAAGGGCAGCACGGCCAAUCAAAUGCCUUCCUCCUGAUAGGUUGCAGCACUAGUUGGGCAGUCAUGGAUGUUCUAGGAAUGAACAAACAUGAUUGUCCCAACAGAAAUCUGGAGGCGUCCCCGGAGGCCUUUGAACGUGCGAGAAGCCUGUUGGCCAAGUCUGAUGAAGUCACCUUCUCAGCCAUCAUCAAGCAAGACAACAGGAAUUCUGGGAGUAUCAUCUCCUUUUUUGGAAGUGAUGGAAGGUACUUGGAGCUUGAGACCAGUCGUAGAAAGAACACCAUCCGUUUUCACUACCGAUCGAGGGGUAAGCUCCAAAAUGAGGUCUUUUUCUACCAGCUGGACAACCAAUGGCACAAGGUGUCUCUGACCAUCAGCGGACAACAGGCGAUACUGCAUGUUGACUGCAACCAGAUUUACAAACGCAAACUGAAGGCAACGCCAAGCCUCGACCUCUAUGGUAAAGGUGUCAGCCUUUGGUUGGGUCAGAGGUCAAAAGAUCGCUUAGUGUAUGAGGGGGGGAUUCAAGAUGCGAAGAUCAUUGUCCAUCCCCGUGGUUACCAGUCGCAGUGCCCUGACCUGGACAAACCCUGUCCGACCUGCGGAGAUAUCUCCAGUCUGGUGGACACAGUCAAGGACCUGACUUACCUGGUCGCCAAGCUGAAUGCCACUCAGCAGCCGGAGACUAGAACCUUGGCCUCCUGUGACUGCCCGCAGGUGUGCUUUGUGGGGCCACAGACGUACCGCGAGAGGGACAGCUGGAUUGACGGGUGCUCGGAGUGCACCUGCCUGGGCGGGGAGGUGCAGUGUGCCCUACGGGCGUGCCCCGAGGUCCCCUGUCCCAAACCCACGGUUCCUGAGGGGGAGUGCUGUCCAGUGUGUGGUGCUCCCUGCUCCUAUUAUGGCAAGGACCUACAGGACGGAGAAUACCACGCUCUACAUGUAGAUGUGGGAAGGGAUGUGUGCUAUUUGUCUGAAUGUGUUGAUGGUAACAUGCAGCAGAAACAAGUCACAGUGUCGGAGUUUUGUCCUGCUCUAGACUGUGAUCUAUCUCUUCAGACCCUUGAGGAAGAAAAAUGUUGUAACAUUUGUCAAGUUGACCCAUCAGUCUCUACGGAUACAGAUAUAGAAGUAAUUCAACAGCCUCUUAAGUUAAGAAGCUUCAACAUCGAACUUAAAGAAACUGACCACUGCCUGGAAGGUAAUGAGUGCCACAGCAAUGCCACCUGUGUGAACAUGCCUACAGGCUACACCUGUCUGUGUAAGGAGGGCUUCCUAGGUGACGGCAGGACUUGUACAGAUGUAAAUGUAAUAAUUCAAACGACUUUUAAGUUGUUUGAAACCUUCAACAUUAAAGAUGUGGAUGAGUGUGCGUCCAUCGGCAGUCCGUACAGCCACAGUUGUGGUGACAACACCCGCUGUGUCAACCUACCCGGCUCCUACAUCUGCGAAUGUUUGCCUGGAUACAAGCAGCUCACAGAGCACAAGUGCACAGAUCAGAAUGAAUGUGCCUUGGGAAUGGACCAUUGUCACCCUAAUGCCCAGUGUGAGAACACCAUGGGAAGCUAUGUCUGCCGCUGUAACCCCGGUUUUGAGGGGGAUGGCAUGGUGUGCACACCGGUGUGCACCACUCCCUGUGAGAAUGGAGGCCUCUGCAUCGCACCUGAUUACUGCAGCUGCCCUGCAGGAUUCACUGGGAAAGCCUGUGAGACAGACAUUGAUGAGUGUGCAGCAGGAAACCCCUGUCCUGACCACUCGGACUGUGUGAACCUGCCAGGCUGGUACUUCUGCCAGUGUAAGCCUGGCUACAAGAGCAAGAGGAACGAGAACAGGAUGCAGAUCGGGGCUUGUGAAGACAUUGAUGAGUGUUGGACUGGUGACCACAACUGCCCCUCCACCACGGACUGUAUCAACAUCGGUGGCUCCUACAAGUGUAAGUGUAUCGACCCAGCCACGUGCUCGGGCAGCUGUAUAUACGAGGAGAGCGAAUACAGGAAUGGGGAGUCCUGGAGGCCAGAUGGGGACCGCUGUGGGACAUGUACCUGCCAGGACAGUAUUGUAACCUGCCGAGAAGACUCCUGUAACUGUGAGGACAAAAACACAGACAUGUACUGCUGCCCGGAGUGUGAUCGCACCAUGAACUGUCUGCACCAGGACCAGACCAUGGUCUACAACAGCAGUGAUACGUGGAUGUACCAGUGUCAGAUCUGCAAGUGCUUGAAGGGGGAAAUAGACUGCUCCCCCCUGACAUGUCCAGAGCUCACCUGUAAGCACACCUACAUACCUGAGGGGGAGUGCUGCCCAAGGUGUGACCCUUGCUACCUGCCCACCAAUGAGGCGACCUCUGACCUCCUGCAGACAUGCAUGCACAAUGGUAUUGUGUACGCUGCCAGCACUAACUGGGCACCCAAGGACGAGCCAUGCACACGCUGCGAGUGCAAGGGUGGCCGUGCGUGCUGCCACGUCACCGACGGAUGCAGAUAAAGUAGAGGAAACAAUGGCGAUGUUACAGGGUGGGGCAAAAGUAUGGCCACUAUUCCAGACACAACAAAUCCACAACUUUCUGCUGUAGCCGUGUAGUCAAGACAGUCAUCAUUUAACCCAGAGGAGAAAGCUGACGGGCUUGAAUGCAUUCCAGAACUUUUGUACCACCCUGUAUUUGAGAGAAAGGGUUAGACAACAAGCAUCUCCUAUGUAACUUGUUUUCUUCCAAUCACCGAUCAAUUAUGAGACAUUCUCCUGUAAGCGUUAUCAAUUUUUUUAAUCUAUUAAAAGGAGGAAAUUCCUGUAAUUGUUUAUUAAACAUUUUGUAUGGAGAUCAAAACAAAAGGAUGUAAAGGGUUAUGUUUCUAUUUUUGUGUUAGAAACAGUAUCAACAAUUUUCAAGUAUUUUUGGGAGGAUUUUCGAUUUGUCUGUUGAAAGUUUUGGGGUGAGGUUAUGACGUAACAGUACAAGACAAUGUAUAGAAAUUCCAACCUAUUUGUACAUAUAUUCUAUAGGUUGGAUCAUCGGAAAAUGGUAUCUAUGCAGCUUAUUUAUCAGUCUGUACAAUAGUUAGUGCCUAUGAAGAACUAGUAUGGUACAGUGGACAAUGGUGUAUUGACUUGUAUAGCCACCGUUUUAAAAGCAUUUUAGAUUAGAGUUGACCUAAAUGAAUAUUGCUCUGAAGGAAAAGUGAAAAAGUAGACCCAAAUUUCUACCAACAGAGCAGGACAUGAAACAAACUUGAUAAUAAAAUCAGUCCGUUUUUUAUAAUCUAACAAUAAUGAUGGUGGAUCAAUCAGAAUGCGAAAGUUGACAAAUCACAUUUGCUAUGUAUCAAAGUGGGUCCUUGUAUAAAAAAAGAUUGAUUGGCGGGUACUAAUCAAUGGUUGCACGAUCGUGCAGCAGCAAAAUGAAAAGUAUUUGAUAUUGGCACGACUUUUUACUCACAGCAGUAGGAGUUGUCACUUGUGGUAUGCAAAAUGCUAAGGUGUAACUUAGACAGACUGUAGUGUUGUUAAAUGAAGUGUAGCUUUUGACAAUGGCUGUGUGAACAUGUGGAAAUAUGAGGACCGAGUAACAUGUAUCUUUAAUAGCAGCAAGCGCCAGGAUUAUUAAAAAACACUACUUAUAUAUGUGUAAUUUGCAAACAUUCAAUCAACUGUAAUGUUUCUUCUAGAUAUUUUAUAUUAUUUUAAUCAAACAAUGGAGAUAGAUACAUAGAGAUUUUACGUUUUAACACUAUGGUAUACCUCAUAGUUUUCACACUAUGGUAUAUCUCAUGGUUGGGACAAAGAGGACUGGUCCUAAGUCCCUGACAUGUAUUUAUGAAAGUUUGCUAUGAUUAUUGUGUCUACUUUGUAUAGUUUACAAUUAGUUUGACAUAAACUACAAUGGACAAACAUCAUUCAUUGUACUGCAUUUGGUUACAUUUUGUCAUAUUUUUUAUGGUAGGUAACAAUAUCAUCCAGUACUUAUUACUGUUGCAUAAUCUUCAGUGCCAAUUUUAAAUGUUUAUUUUUAUAAUCUUUAAAGACAAGCCAUACGUAUUUUAGCAUGCUAUUUAUUUUGUAAGAAUUAUGACGGGGAGAGUAUCAUAUUACGUGCAAAAAAGUAUUGAAGUGAUGUAUGAAGAAAGACCUUCAAUACAUGUAAGCCUAGUAACAUCUUUUGAGCCCUUAAUCUUCCUGUAAUCUUUAAAUUUCCAAGGUUGAAAUAACUUAAUGCGGUGCUCGAAAACAGCCUGCUUUUUCAGUUUACAGUGUUUGAUACAUGACAUGUAUGUUAUGCCACUGUACCUGUAUGGUAACAGACCACAGCUUCAAAUCAUCCACAUAGAAUAUAAGCUGAAGGUUCUUGAUAUACUUAACCAAUUUCCAUGAGUUUCUUGGAAUUUGAACUGUCUCACAUCAGCUUCACAGAAGGUAAAUUGUACAUAGGUACUGGAGUUGAUGAGGGAUGGUCGAAUGGUGUCAUUUUGUGUGUGAAGGACACUUGUACCCACAGAACUCGUGCAUGUGAAUAAUGGCUCCCACUAUAUUAAAUUGCUCACUGUGGCAU